AUUAAUUAUUUACGUAAAUUAUUAAAGUAAUUUAUAAUUUUUAUUUAUUAUUGAAUGUUUUUAUUAUUAAUGUUUGUAUGUAUAAUUUUUUAAUGACCUAAUGUAUGGUUUGUUUCAUAUUUCAAAUUUGCAGGACUUUAAAAAGUUAGGAGACAAUGUAGAUUACUCUGGUAGUUUUGUUACGGAUAGGGAAUUUGAUUCCUUAGAUGAAUUACAUAGUUCGGCCGAUGCGAUAGCAAUAAUAAUUGGUUUUCAAUUUACACGUGCUUUUUAUAAACAAAAAGAAGGAUGUUCUAGAGUUAUUGUGUAUUUAAGAUGUCACCGCUAUGGUAAUAUUAGGGGUGAUUUACAUAAUCUAGAUAAUACUGUCCGACCUGGUUCUAAAAGUAGAAGUGGGUGUAAAUUUUUGAUUGUAGCAAGUAGUCGGGAACCAGGAGAAAGACCUUGGACGGUAAGGGUGUCUCCUGGUGAAAAAGGAAGACAUAACCAUCCGUUCUUAGUGUAAGAGAUGGUCAUAUAAGGCAAAUAGGAUCUAUGUAGAUAUUUGGGAGCGCAUACGACAGCUUAGUGCAACCGGUCUUUAUCAUGACUUCUAUCAGAUAAAAUUUUCCUGGUUUUUUUACUAGUUUGAAUCAGAUUUAUAAUGCUAGGAAAUCAAUAAGGAGGGAAGAGAUGGAGGGUAGGACUCCCCUUCAACACUGUCUUUAUAUGGCCACAAAACUUAAUUACGUGGUCCGGACAGACUUGGAUAAUGAAGGGGGAUUGAGCAGAUUAUUAGUUGCAAUUUCUACCUCUAUCCAAAUGAUACGUACGUGGCCGUAUGUUGUGUUGAUAGAUACAACGUACAAAACAAACAAACAAAAGUGUCCACUGUUGAAGUAAUAGGAAUGACGCCAACCAAUCACAACUUCUUGGUUGCGUUCUGUUUGAUGCGAGAUAAGGCGACCGUGUCAUAUUCGUGGGUGUUGCAGGGAUUGAGAGAUAAUUUUGGCACAGCUCAGACUCCUAGCAUCAUUGUAACUGAUCGAGACGAGGGUUUAUCUGCAGCUAUUCAUCACGUCUUCCCAGAUGUGCGGCAUUUGUUAUGCAUUUGGCAUAUUGCAAACGACGUUGAGAACAUGGUGGACAAGUUGUAUGGUGGGAAAAGAAAUCAACAAGGGCAGGUAUUCAGGAAAAGUAGAUGGAACCCCUUGGUUGAAAGUUCUACAAUCAACGAAUUUGAACGGAGAUGGCAAUCAAUCGUGACUACCUGGUCGGUUAGGAACAAAAAGGUCGUUCGGUAUUUGGCUGGAACAUGGAUUCCACUUAGAGAGAAAUUUGUACGUGCGUGGACGAAUGAAUGUUUACACAUGGGUAACCAGACUACCAGCAGAGUUGAAAGCCAACACUCGUCUUUCAAGUAUUAUCUUGGUAGAGGUAAUAGCUCAUUUGAUACCCUGUUUAAAAGGGCACACGCACAGAUUACAAACCAGCAAGCCAGGAUCCGACAAGCGCUACAGGAAUCCAUGAAUUCUGUAGCAAGGUCGUUGCGACAACAUUUCUUCAGACCUUUAUAUCGCCAUGUAUCUAUCUAUGCCUUGGAGCAGCUGCGGCUUGGGCAUAACCGUAUGAUAGAUUUGGGUGAUUAUGUACUUAACAAAUGCAAUUGUGUACUUCAACACACCCAUGGAUUGCCGUGUGCUUGUUAUUUAUAUAUGUCCAUCGGUUCACAAGGUUCUUUGUAUUUGGAUGACAUUCAUCCAUUCUGGAGGACUUUGACUGUAACACUCCGAGAUUUUAAUGACGUGUUGUUAGAUGAUGCUAUAUUCAGAAUUGGUUCACACGGCAAUGUACCUGCUCCUUAUAUUCAUUGGAUGGAUGCACCGAUGGCAUUCUGGACUAAAACCGACACUCAGUCCUUCGCCGAGGACGACGUACGGGUGGGAGCACACUCUGAACCAGUCAACGUAACUAGGAUCAGCCUCUGA